AUGAACGGCAGGAUGUUCUUCUUCACCGUUGGCGCUCUGAGCUUCAUGCCCUUUGCGGCAGCUGGGAAGAUGGCCAUCGUACGUGUCUUCGCGACCAGUGAGGAGGUCGCGUAUCUGACGCAGUCCUACACGGAGUGGGAGUCGACCAUGCCAUGCGCAAACCCUGGCCAGAGCAGCAAUGUAGACCUGAUCUUGGUUUACAGCAAGGACCUCGCCACGGACGCCACGGCCACGGCCGCAGUCCAGUCCUAUGAGUCAGGCUUUGCACGGAAUGAGCACUGGACCGGUUGCUUCGGAGGCAUCAAGAAUUUCUCCGCCAAGCUUACCCCAGAGGAAGACCAGUACGAUGACCAGGGGUAUGCCACGAAUAGGCACUGGGUCUCAGGCCCCAACAUGGUCUUUAAGCAUGUUGUGGAGGCCAUGUUCACUGGUGCCUUUGCCGGUGAGUACGACAGCUUCUUCUGGAUGGAGAUGGAUGCUGUUCCUGUGAUGGCAAACUGGCUGGACAAGUUUGUGGAAGAGGCUGCAGAGAUGUCUGCCAUGAACAUGGCCAUCCGUGGCAGCCCCUACUAUGGAGCCAACUGGCUCAUGUUCUCACACAUGAUGCCAUCCUAUUUGCUGAACCACAUCAACGGCAAUGCCAUCUACAACCUGCAGCACCCGUGGACGAAGUUCCUGUUCGACACGUUCACUGCAGAAGGCAAUGCCAACUUGAUCGAGGAGAUGGCCUUCGACACCGCCUACUCCGCUAUCACCGCAGCUGCCAUGGAGGGCUCCAACAGCAUCCGUUGCAGCAGCAUGGGCAGCUAG